AUGGAGGUUCGAUCUGCUGCUGUGCUGCUGCUGAUGGCGCUGCAGGCUGCUGCUCAGGAGGAUACUUACUUUAUGAUCGGUGAGAGUCUGAAGCUCAACCCAAAUCCCUCUGAGGCCAUCAGCAGCAUCACCUGGAAGCAUAACGGGAACAUUGUAGCUGAAUACAUCAAGGAUGUGGUUCCUCUGGAAUAUCUGGGUGACUUAAACGGCCGAGCAAACGUGAACCUGACCACCGGAGUGUUGACCGUCAKSAACAUGRGAAAAUCUGAGGACCGGCUGUUCACGGUGGAGAUCAACAACAGAGUCCUUCCUGUCAGCUUUAACGCUGUGGGGAUCARKCSUGUCCCUGAACCUGCAGUGGUUCUGAAAAAUCCGACAACAUGCUUCAAGAACUUGGACUCAUGCAACCUGACCUGCAAUGGGGACACCAGAGACUCUGGACCCGUUCAGUACUUCUGGAAGCUGGGAGAAGAUGGAGCCUGGAAGGAAUCAGGACAGGACUGGAUGUUCACCAAGAUUCAGAUGUCAUCGGUUGAAAAGAUCAUCUGCAAAAUUCAGAACCCGAUCAGUGAGAGGGAGAGCGGACCUCUGCAGAACCCCCUCUUCCCUCCACGCUGCAGCUUCAUCUCUGAGGUUCUGGGUGUUGUGAUGAGAUCUGUGGCUCUCCUGGUUCUGUUCAGUCUCGUUGUUUGGUUCUUUUGGCAGAACCGGACUGCCGGUUCAGCAGGUGGAGCCGGUUGA